GUAGGUGGUAUGCGACUAAGCCUAUUGUGGCUGAAAGUGGGGUCUGAUCGGAUUUUGAAAGGGGCUGUGUGACGCCGAAUGUGACAGACCUAAAAUCACACCUUCCAACUAUAACCCAGACUGAGAUAAUUGAUCAGCGUUCAGCGUUCGCCAAUAAGUGGGUGACGAUAGAAGACGUAAAGGACCCGCUAAUUAUUGCCAGCGAUAGAUGGUGGUCUGCGGCUAUGCUGUGCUCUCGUUUAAGUGGGGAAUAGAUUGAUUCAGCGAGGACCACUCUCUGGUAUAAGAUGAUGAUGCUAGGACUUCCAUAUUCCUGGGCACCUUUACCCAUAGCGUGAAUAUCACUGUCUUGAAAUACAAACAGAUAUAAUGUUCCUAUCACCCUCUCUUUCCGGUUCCGCUACAACGCUGGUCGAUCACGUAGCGCCUUCGAGUCAACCCUGCACACCGGAUGAACCAAUCGAUGCCGAAACUCCAGCAUGCUGGCGACUUAGCGAAGUUGAACUUGCUAUGAGAAACGGAGACAAGAAUACUAUCUGUCGUCUCCGAAAAUACCAACCGUUCAAUUUUGAAUACGUUCAUUUGAAGCCUGAUCUCUCUAGUCCACAGGAGACUGACCAACCAAAAAUACCUGAGCCCUGUCCUUCUCUCGGACCAUUUUUUACCAAAGGAAAUUUCUAUAGCUUACUGGAAUACGUCAUAAUGGAUUUGUUUCGCAAAGUACCAUUUGAGGAUUGGGUACAAAAAGCAUUAGGACUAUCACCUUGGUCAGUUAUGCAUCUCGAAUACUGUUACCGGUUUAUAUGCUAUCAAUUACAUUCGUUUAUCCACUAUCGUUGUGGUGAAGGAAUUGAGGGAUUCAAGCAAAAUGCACUAAUUUUGUCCUGGACAAACCCAUUCACAUCUUCCAUUGUCAGAAACGCAUGUACGCGUAUUUUUCCAUCGCACAUUGAAUUCGAUUUUACAUCUAUCACAGCACCCCUUCAGGAUGUUUUGUCUUCCCAGGACAACAUAUCAGCGAUUUUGCAGAGGCUUGAUGCGUUGGAAGUACGUUUUCACCGCCCCUCUUCCUUCCGCUGGUCGUGGGGUUUCAACACCGCCACACCACUUAUGUGCCGUCUCUGCGAAGAAAAGGUCGAGAAUGUAGCUGCUUCGAUGACACACUACGAUCUGAAGCAAUUUCAUCGCAUUACCCAGUCCGGAAUAUAUCAAGGGGAUACACAUCUGAGUUCGCUGGGCAGGAGGUGGAAUACACUCAGCCAGGCAGUAGAAGAGUGUGCCGCUGUUGAAGAAUAUCAAGAGAAGUUGGUGGAAUUAGUGGUAAUAUUUAAGUUCCUUCGAAACUUCUACUCUAUGAGUGCUGUACUGCAGGGCCUCAGUGCUGCUGGUUUUCAGUCGCGUAGAUUGAGGAAAACGGUAUACGCAAUUGAUUAUACUGGCAAUUAUGAAGAAUAUCGGCGCCGUAUCAACACGAAACCGGCUCUUCAUUUCCUGCUUCCUCUUGUCAAAGCCGUUCGCAUGGGAGAUGAGAACGCCCUGGCUGCGAUAUUCACGUUCAAGAAAUACAAAAUGCGUUAUCAUAACCCUGUUUUAAUUCGUCUUUUGUCCAUAUAUGCACUAUCUUAAAAAGAAUAUUGUUUGAUCUACACAUAGCAUAAUUGAGUGAAGUUGAUCGCCUAAAUAAAGGGCUGACCCAA